AUGUCACCUAGUUCAUCCAUACCAACAACACCAUCUCUCAAUAAUAGUAAUCCUACAUCUACAUCCGCUUCCCCUAAGAGCAAUAUACAUAGGGUUAACACAAACACUUCAAAUUCAAUGACACUUGUGCGAGAUAAAUACACCAUAGACAAUGAAAUAGGAAGAGGUUCGUUUGCCACCGUAUAUAAAGGUUAUAUAAAUCAUCCCGAUAGUAAAAAAAGAAAAACAGUAGCCAUAAAAGCCGUUUCUAAGAGUGCUCUACAAAAUAAAAAGUUAUUGGAUAAUUUGGAAGUGGAAAUCGCAAUUUUGAAAAAGAUUAAAAAUCCACAUAUUGUCAGUUUAAUAGAUUGCCAAAGGACCAGCACAGAUUUUUAUCUAAUCAUGGAGUUUUGCUCCUUAGGUGAUUUAUCCUUUUUAAUUAAAAGGAAAUCAGAUUUGAUUCAGCAACAUCCACUAAUGAAAACAAUAUUAGAAAAAUAUCCAAGUGGCAACAAAAAUAAUACCAGCAGCAAAAAUGGAGAUGGAUUAAACAAAGUUUUAGUUUAUAAUUACAUUAAACAACUAGCCACGGCUUUGAAAUUUUUACGCUCCAAAAAUUUAGUUCAUAGAGAUAUAAAACCACAAAAUUUGUUGUUGAGCGCUCCAUUUAUUGGAUACAAUACGCCAGAAGAAUUUCAUAAUAAAUUAAAAUAUGUUGGUAUUUAUCAUCUCCCCAUACUAAAGGUUGCCGAUUUUGGAUUUGCCCGUUUUCUACCUAAUACUUCUAUGGCUGAAACAUUAUGUGGUUCUCCACUAUAUAUGGCCCCUGAAAUUCUAAGCUAUCAAAAAUAUAACGCCAAAGCUGAUUUAUGGAGCGUGGGUGCUGUUCUUUAUGAAAUGUGUUGCGGCAAACCGCCAUUCAGGGCUAAUAAUCAUAUGGAAUUAUUGAAAAAAAUUAAGCAGGCUAAUGACGUAAUAACAUUUCCCAAGAUUGAAAGAGAAGAGAAAGAGGAAGGUCCAACUGGGAAUAAGGGUGAUGAACCAUUGACUUAUGCCAUGAAAGAAUUAAUUUGUGGCUUGUUAACCCGCGAUCCAUUGGAACGAAUGGGGUUUUCUGAGUUCUUCAGUAAUUCGAUAGUCAAUAUGGAUUUGUCUAUUUACGAGGAAGAAGAACAAAGGCAAAAGAGACAGGAUAAAUCUAAAGUUGAAGAGCAAAGCCAAAAAAUGGUAGAAAGUAAUUUAUUCAUUUCUGACUAUUUGAAUAAUGACAAUACAAUUGCAAAUAAACAGAACAAUACGAAUCUUUCGAUACCUGCGGACAGUCCUAAUCUUAAUGAUAAAGUUGAAAAGAAAAAUAACGAUAAGGAUAAACAACAUAAAAGGGAAACAAUUAAUGACAACCAAUUGAACGAUUCAGAUAUCGAAAAAGAAUAUGUUGUUAUAGAAAAAAAAUCAGUGGAAUUUAACGUGUUGGCAGAUGAAUUAGCCACUUUUAAAAAAAAUAAUAAGUUGAAUAUCCAACAUGAUAACAGUACUAACACUAGGCUAUCUUCAUCACCAAAUAAUAAUAACGUUGCUACUAACAUCAGAAUGCGUAGAUCUAGCAGUUCAUCUUCAAGAAGAUCAUCAUUUGAUCGUAGAAAAUUGUCUAUUUCGUCAUUAAAUCCAUCAAAUGCACUAAGUAAAGCUUUGGAAAUGGCAUCGUCAAGGUUGUGGGGUAAUAAUACCACUAAUAAUAUCAAUAAUAAUGGCAACAAUACCCUUAAACAAACAACAGGUCUGGGGACUUCACCAUACUCAGUAUCACCAUCAUCUUUAUUAGCAAAAUCACCUUCCAUCUACAACAACACACCCACCAACAAUAAAGAUCUAUCUAUUUUAAAUAAACAUAUGUUCAAAGAGCUAACUGAAAAUAUUAUAUUAGAUAAGAUAACUGUUAAUGACACCAUCAAUAGUGUGUCCACAAAUAAGGAACUAGUAACUACUGAGAGAAAAGGUAAUACCGAUAUUUUGAAUACUUUAGAAAUUUUGGCAGCCAAGGCAUAUACGAUUUAUUCAUUCGCAGAAGUUAAAACUUCGCAAUUAAAAUCAGAUUCAUUUUCUUCUGCACCAGAUUGUCAUUCGGGAACACAAUCCAAUCAAACCAAUAGUAAUACUAAAGUAGAUCCAAUCAAAGGUACGAGUUUGGAUCUAUUUGAUAACUUAGGGGUUGUUAUAAGCGAUGCUAAUGAUCAUAAUAACAAUGUUGGAAAUACUGAUAUCAUUGGAACUGUAAUGAGAAAUAGCGAUAUUGCCAACGCCAGUACCAAUAGAAAUUAUGAUAGCUGUGCUAUUGAGGAUAGUAGCGAUGAGGAAACAGACAAUGUUUAUAAUUAUGAAUAUAAUAAUAAUAAUAAUAAUAAUAAUAACAAUAAUCGCAAUGCUAUUAUAACUAAUGCUACCCCAAUUACUACCGAUUUACAUAUAAAUUCCUUAUCCAUAAGAGAAAGAUAUUCUGUAUCUAUGGAGGCUUUGAUGUUGUAUUUGAAGACCCUAAGUAUUUUAGCAAAAUCCUUAAAAAUUACGUCUAACUGGUGGAAUAAACACAGCAAUGGUGCAUUGGAAAAUCAACAUGAACAAGGACAUCAGAAGGGACACGAUGGACAUAAUGGGAAUCGUAAUGUUACAUCUGGCGACCAUAUUAUUCGUACCGAGAGCAGUGUUACUGUCACUUCUAAUAAUAUUGAUGUCAACAACAACAAUAAUAACAACGACACGAUAUUACAUUUGAAUUUAAUGGUUCAAUGGCUAAGGGCUAAAUUCAAUGAUUGUUUAGAAAAGGCGGAGACAUUGAAAAUGGAUAUACAAAGAAUGAACGGUUUGGCCACUAAAAACAUCAAAUUAGAUGAUAUUCAUGUCAUUGUAGAAAAAUUGAUAUACGAUAGAGCUUUACAAAUUUCCAAAAUCGCAGCCACUGCUGAACUACAGGGUAAAUUUUGGAGUAAUUGCGAGCUAUCUUAUGCUACUAGUUUAUGGAUGUUGGAAACUUUAUUAGAUGAAUAUGAGGAUUUUGAUACUGCUUUGAAUACUGAUGGCGCCAACAAUGGUGAUGAUGGUGGCACCAGCAAUAACAACGACUCUAAGAUUGGUAUAAAAUUAGAUGAUCACGAUAGGGGUAUGGUUGAAAAAUACAUUGUAAGUAUUUCAAAAAGAUUAAAAGCCUUAAAAAGAAAAAUUGACAUGUGA